AUGAGAGCUUUCACGGAUUCAGGACUCAAAUCAAUCUUAUUUAACUUCGGAGCAACUUCUCAAAUUGAAAGAAAUGAGAGCUUUUACGGAUUCAGUCAACGCGAAAACAUUAUAUUUGUCCACAAAAUAAACUCUACACAUUUUUUGUUCCACAAUUUUGGGUUUGACUCACCUAAAAGUCAAGCACCCCCUCCGCCACCCCCAAAAGUCAAACCUCCUCCGCCACCUAAGAAACCUAAACCUCCUCCACCACCGAAGAAACCUAAAUCUCCUCCACCACCACCUCCUAUAGUGGUGUCGGUAACUCCCCCACCACCGCCUCCAACACUUCCUCCUCCUCCUCCUCCUCCUACUUCUCCACCACCACCGCCACCCUAUACAGCUCCUCCCCCUCCACCAUCACCAUCACCUCCUCCGCCACUGCCACCAUCACCACCACCACCCUAUACACCGCCUCCCCCACCACCUACAGCUGAAAGUCCUUCGCCGCUACCUUAUAAUCCUGAAACUCCUUUGACGCCGGCUCCUAGUCCGGAAACUCUACCACCGCCACUGCCACCUCCCCCUGUUACUCCUCCUCCGCCACCCCCUCCUCCUCCGGAAACUCUACCACCACCUCCCCCUGUUACUCUCCACCGCCGUCCCCACCUCCUCCGCCGCCGCCACCUACUUGCCCAGAUGAUCCCAUGGUUUUCAAACCGUGUGAACGCGUCAUUCUAUCUAUUGCUGAACCCAGAGGUCCAUGCUGCUCAGUUUUUAAAGACCUUCCAGAUUCUGAAGCAGCUAAAUGCAUUUGCAAUGCCGCAAGCAAAGGAGCUUUUAACAAUGUUCCCAUUCCCCGUGAUGACAACACUCCUUUCCCCAAAACGCUCUUUGGUCAGUGUGGAAGGAAGUUCCUGA